AUGAAGAUCGUGACGUACAACGUGAACGGGCUGAGGCAGCGGGUAGCGCAGCAUGGCUCCCUCCUCAGGCUCCUCAACGCCCUCGACGCCGACAUCAUCUGCUUGCAGGUUGUUUUUUCGUGUUAACUUCGGAUGAUAUCGUUAUGAUCGACCCUCAGAGCACGGCCACGGCAGACGAAAUCCCUUUAACGACUUGCUAGUUUUGUUCAUCUUUUAGUAAAAAAGGGAUUCGGCGUGUGGAAAAUGAUUGAUUUUUUGAAUUAGGAGAUCACCCCUGGUUAAUGGUGAUUAUUCUUUGGAUCUGUUCGUAGAGUCCAGAUAUUAUGCCGUCCUUUGUACCCUCGUCCCAGCCACAGCGAACACGUACGCGGAUUGUUUCCUAAUCAGAAUUGAGCGUCCCCUAUGGCGUGGUGGAGGUGUUCUGAUACGUUUCAAUUUGUGUAGCUGAAAUGCUGUUCGUCGUUAAGUCAGCUACAUUUUCAUGCCCCUUCAGCUUUGAUUUCUUUGCUAUGAGGCAGCUAAGAAAAAUCCUAAGAUGCUACAUUUUAGACUCUGUGUUUCUCAACCCAAGCUUCUAAUGAGCUAUGGUACAUUCAGUGGGUUCUACAAAGAUAGCUGGCCGGUGAUCCAUUUCUACUGUAAAUAACUAAUGUGUGUUGACUUUACUAUUUCUUUUUUCUUUCCCGCAUGGUUCACAUUUCUCUGGAUAAGCGAAUACUCGAUCAGAGGCACCAAAGAUGAUAAUUUUAGCCAUUUGACGCCACACGACGCCACUAGUGGUUGAAUUAGUCUAGCAUCAUGCUUGGCGCUUUUACUCUUGAUUGAAGGUGUAUCAAGUGGCAUGCCCAUUUUAGGGACAGCUUGGCCACCUUCAUAAUCUGGGUGUUCAUUUUAGAGAACAUGAUGCCGUUGCAUGGUUCGUUCUUUCAGCUCCUACUUCUUUCCCGUUAUUUUUAUGCUUAACACCGUCCAUGUAUUGGGGUGAGGUGUCGUAUGUGUAAUUUAUUUUUUUCUCGUUCUGAUUUUGUUCAAUAAAUUUCAGGAGACAAAAUUAUCUAGACAGGAUCUAUCUGCGGACUUAACUAUGCCUCAGGGGUAUGAGGCUUUUGUUUCUUGCACUCGUACUACUGAAAAAGGAAGGACUUGCUAUUCUGGUACAGUGCUCAAUGUCUUGCUAAAGUUUCGUAGGCAUAAAUUUCAUCCUGUUCCAUAGAUUGACGUUUUUAUGAUUUUUUUCGCUUUUCUAUGAACAUUAGAAAUAUUUUUUCUGCAAUGAUUGUGUUUCUUUUUGUGCGUCAUGCUCACAAAUUGCAGCUAUGACAGUCUCUGUCAAUCUCAAUAUUCAUUUACCCGCUUGUGUGGAUAAUGCAGCGUGUUUUUGUAACUCUUCUGUGUAUUUUAGUGUACAUUAUAAGGAUACAGAUGACUUUAAGGCCAUUUUAUUAUUUUUUCGAUGGUGAACUAGUGACUCCAAUGUUCUAUGUACGACUCAGCAUUGGUUGAAAAUAAAAAGAUCAUGGACAGGUACUAUGUCCCUCCCGCCCCCUUCUAAUAUAAGAGAUAUCUUGCCUGUACUAUGUCCUUUAUGUAGUUCAAUAGAAAAACCUAAAUACAUUUUUUUUCGGGGAAGGGUGAGAUUAAUAUCAUGACUAUUAUAAAUUGAUUUGCAUUCCUGUUUUGCCUUGUGGGUUGUCUUCAUCUCUAUUGACUUUCAGAUGUUUCAGUCACCGAAUAGUUGUAUUCAAAUAUUAUACUGCACUCACAUGGCUCUGUUUUUACAUUAACUUAGGUGUUGCAACAUUCUGCCGGGUAACCUCGGCAUUUUACAGCAAAGAAGUGACAUUACCUUUGGCCGCUGAAGAGGGGAUUACAGGCCUGCUUGGACAGUCUGGUAAAAGGGAGAACAUGACAAUGGAUUUCUCGCUCGAAGGUCUAGAAGAUGUAAAAAAUGAAGAUCUGUUCAAGGUAGAUAGUGAGGGGCGUUGUAUCAUUACAGACCAUGGCCACUUUGGUGAGUCAAUUUUUUUGUAUUUUAAUAUUCAUGCAUCCAAGUGAGAUGGUGUAGUAUAGAUGGCAAAAAUUGUGGAGGAUACUCUUGUGAGUUAUACAUUGCAGUAAUUUACUUAUAGAACGAGGAAAACUAAUUUCCAUUUAUGAUGUACGAUGUACAGUUUUGCUGGUUUUAUCAAUCAACAGGCUUAUUUCUUGUCUGUUUAUUGGUAUAUCAUUGUGCUUGUUGGAGGCUUGGAGCUAAUACAUUAUAUGCUGCAGUUCUUAUCAAUAUAUACGGCCCUCGAGCUGAUGAUAACGAUAAGGAAAGGGUUCACUUUAAGCAUUUGUUUUUCAAGAUAUUACAGGUGAAGGAAGUUUUGAUUUCAUAGAUCAUAUAAGAAACUUUCUUUGUAAAUUACAUGACUUUAAUUGUUAUACAAUCAGUUAUCUGCUCUAAACUAAUUGUUUUUAAAUGUCGUAUUGUUGUGGAAUUAGUAUUUUAUUUGUUGGUUUUUUGUAUGUUUUAAUAGAUUGCCAGGAAUAUGGUUUACCAAGUCUGUCUGACUAAGGCCCGCUUGUUUGACCUUACUCCUUUUUUUGGCUUAGUCAGGGUGCACAUAGGGAUCCGCUGGCCUGACCAUGUCACAAGUUAGAAUUUCGAUCGGUAGGAAAUCUGGUUGAUUGGCUGGACCCCUUUCGUUGACACUUGAUGGCCCACCCAUCCCCUCAUUCUCCCCCCAUGGUUCUAGUCAUCGCUUCCCGUUACCCUGCCUGCUGCCUUCAGUGGCGGCGAAUGGAAAAGGAAUCGGGGAUCAGGAAGGUUUGAAAUGAUUUAUAUUGUGAUAAUUAUUGGAAAUUUGUAUUUUAAAGUUUUACUAUCUCCGCAUCUCCUUCUAUUAAAAAUAUAUCCACAUUCUUAUUACUGUAAAGACAUCAUUUACAAAAGUUGUACCGGUGAACCAACCUCCUAAGGUGACAUAGGCACAAGGAAAGAGCAAUAGGCCGGACCAACCCACGAGGACGAAACGGUCCCUACGUAACCAGUCAUCCAUAAUAUCAGAUAAAUCAUUUCCUUCUUUGGUAAAUCUACCAAGGGCUUUGCUCUUGAAUUUUUUUUUUCUUUCUACGUUUUUUAAUGGUGGAUUCUGUGUAAUUUUUUUCAACGUCUUCUUUUUUCCUUUGUUAUGAUGAAUUUUCUUUUUGCGAAUAACGGAGUUUUAUAAAUUUGGAAUUAUACUCAAGCUUUUUCUUUAAAACACUAUUUUACUGUUUUGUAACCCUUCUUGUAGAGAAGAUGGGAGUCUCUCUUAAGUCAUGGCAGGAGAGUUUGUGUAGUUGGUGAUUUCAACAUUGCUCCAGCUGCGAUAGAUUGUUGUGAUGCCCGACUUGGUUUUGAGGAGAAUCCGUAAGCCUCUGUGCUCUCUCUCGCAUCAGUUUUGCUUGACUCUUGCCAUUUUUUCACAGUUAUAAAUCAGAAAAUAUCUGUUCUGCUUCAUAAAAGUCUGGAUGUUGGAAUCCUCAAUGGAAGUUUGAAAUUUUUUUCCCUGUAUUUCAGGUUUAGGAAAUGGCUAAAGUCUUUACUGAGAGAAUCAGGCGGUGCUUUCUUUGAUGUAUUUAGAGCUAAACAUCCAAAAAGGUAUUACAAAAUUACUUAUCCUUUUAAGAUGUUUAAAUUUUAAAGAAAAAAAUAGUGCCACUUAUCAGAUUUUGCACAGUCUUACUCUUUUGUGGUUCAUGACAAUGAGCCAUCGUUGGUAUGCAAAUGUGCAUUUCCUUUGUAUUCUUAUUAUUCAUGAUUUUCAUCCAUGAUGUGAACUGACUACUUCAGAGAAGGUGCAUACACAUGCUGGCCCCAGAAUGUUGGAGGGGAAGAAUUCAAUUAUGGGACGAGGAUUGAUCACAUAUUUAUUGCUGGACCAUGCUUGCAUCAAAAUUAUGAUGGAGAAGAGCAUAGUUUCUUCGGUUGUCAUGUAAGAGAAUGUGACAUAUUGGUGCAAUUUAAGCGGGGGAAGGACAACAUGUCCAGGUAUAUCAUGAUGUUGUUGUUCUACUGUUACAUAAUAUUUUUUCUAAGAAUCUAGUUUCUUGUCUAUUUCAGAUGGAACGGAGGGAGGUGCGUCAAACUAGAAGGCUCUGAUCAUGCACCUGUUUAUGUAUCGUUAGCUGAUCUGCCUGAUCUUCCAAUACACAACACCCCGACCUUAGCUGCAAGAUAUGUUCCAGAGGUUCGUGGAUGGCAACAGACUAUUGGUAAGGAAGGCGUCUUUUGACUGUUUUCUUUCAAUCUUAUUGAAAACAUUUUCUUGAUAUUUUUUUGUUUUUUUAUGCCAGCUGGAAACUUUUUUUAUUUUAUUUUUUACAUUGCGAAUCCUGCUUCUUUAUUGACAAUUUAGCUCGUCCGACUUUUAAUGUAUGCAUGACAUGCGUGGAUGAUUUUUGCUGUUAUGUGCAUGAAAGUAUACACGUUCCAUGGAAGUUUUUAUUGAGUUCCAUUUGUAUAUAUACAAACUUAUGGAUAUAUAUAUAAUUUAGUGUAUCAUAUAAAGUUAAACGACCUUGCGGUGUCUAAUAAGACUGUGGCAGGAUGCGGGUUUCAUCAAAAUUUCCAUUUUUUUUGCCUUCCUGAUUUUAUUCUCACACGGGUAUUAAAAUGUUGACGUCGCGUUGACUAAAGGAAUGUAUUUCAGUAAGAAAUGGUGGACAAAACAUAAUCAUUAAACGCGCUUAUUGAAGAAAUGCAUGAAAAAUAGGCUUUCGAAAUCGCUUUUUAAAAAAAAUUAAUUCACGGUACUGUUCAUUAUGAAACAAAAUGUCCAGAAAAACUUUCAUGCUGCGGUGAAUUGUGCCUGUAAGUUUGAUACAACCUGAUAAAAGCAGAACGAGCAUUCUAUCACGUACUACUAGUCACAUUUUUCAAAAAUAACUGUCAUACUACUGAUUAUGAAUAAUAACUCAGAUAUUUGAGGAUUUUGGCAAUACGUUGAUGAUUUCGCUAUGGUCUUCGUACGAGGGUAUUAAAGACAAAUUUAGUUAGUAAGGAUUUAAUGGUAUGUCAAAUUGGAGAACUCAGCUGCCUUAUCAUCUGGUAAGAGGGUAUGUGCUUGUUGAUUCAGAUGUCUCUUCUUCUCAAGCAAUUAUGCGUACUCCAAAAUCACAAUUUGGUUCUUGCCCAACACAUUGGAGAUACACUUCUGUUUGAGAUGGCUCCGAUAUGGGACAUGUAAUGAUGCUAUAGCUACAGAACUACCAAACCGCCUACUCUCUUAUCUGAACCAUCAUUGACUAGUAUGUAGUGUGGAAAUAGAGACACCACUUCUCUGAUGUCAAUAUCAAUCAUUUCGUGUUUCCUUUUAUAUCUUUCAUAGUGAUGUGAGGCACUGAAAUGUGAAAGAAAUCGAAAAUAUGACGCAAAUCUUGGGCAAUUGUGACUAACUUGGACGUUGUUCAUCUUUCUGGCGUUCAUUUUGUCAUUCAUUCUUGUUCUAUACCUUCCGUUGCUCAUAAAAUCUUCAAGUCCUCACCAGUUAUUUAUAGUUUCAUCUGUUAUUAUCAUUCUUACAGCAGUUAUUUCUGCUACAAUCUCUUAGAAUUUCUAAAUAUUCCUUUGAUUAUCUGCUUACACUAUUUGCUUCUGUAUUGUAUGCAGUACCCUUGCUCCUGAAAAGUCAGGUCCCUAUUGACUUUAAUAAACAGGAAAUAAAUGCUUCAUCAACUGAGAACAUUGCUGGAAGAGAUGGUAGUGAAGCUGCAGAGCUUAGUCAAAAUUGUAUGGUGUCAGAGCAUGAAAGUGAAUCUUCCAUGGUGCAGUGUCAUUUUCAGAGUGUGAGACAGCAUAUUGGUGGGUCUGUUGAUGAGACCGGCAAGUCCAUGAUCGCUGUGAGAGCUGGGAAAGGAAAACUGGGAACAGGAACCACCAUGAUUGGAAAGAAAAAGGAAAGGAGCAAGCAUUCUCAACGAACAAUACGGUCCUUUUUUCAGAGAUGCGAGAGCAUUUCGAGUGUAAGAGUGGAAGAUUCAGGCAGUGAUGUCUUACACUCUCAUGUUCAUGUUUCAGAUCAGAAAGGCCAGUUAUCUGCCCUGUUGAAGGGCCUAGAUUCAUCUUGUACAGCUCCCGAGGAAGCAGACAAUGGCAGGGGCAGUGCAAGCAACGAGUUGGAUGAGGUCUCUGUAGCCAUAUCCGAUUCUCUUGAGCAUGAGAAAAACAACAACGCACUGUUGGAGUGGCAGAGGAUUCAACAGAGAAUGCAGACUAGUUUACCUCUUUGCAGGGGUCACAAUGAACCCUGUGUUGCAAGAUUUGUAAAGAAGUCAGGUCCGAACAUAGGCCGUGGUUUUUACGUCUGUGCUCGUGCCAAGGUACGCAGGUUCAUAUCAUUGAACAACAGAUCUUUUCUCUCUCCACCUUGUUGAUCUCUCCCCUAGAAAUCUUGAGCAGAACUAGAAAUCUCAAAGAGACUUGUAGAACUGUUCGUAAUAUAAUUUUUUUUCGUGUGUGUUAAUGAUUGUCUCGUAUUAAUACAGGGACCAUCAUCUAAUCCUGAGGCUAACUGUGGGUACUUCAAGUGGGCAUCCGGAAAGGUUAGGCAAAAGAAGACAUGA